CAGCUGCGGACUGAGGGUUCCGUCGCGCCGCGAUGUCGGAGUUUCUGCUGGCGCUGCUCGGGGAGCGGCUCGUCGACGGCUCCGCAGCCGAGGUGGACGUGCAGUCCCUGGGCGCCGGGCUGUCCCUGGUCGGGCUGUUCUUCGGCUGCAGCCUGAACGGCCCCUGCCGGCAGUUCAGCUGCAGCCUGGCCGACUUUUACAGCCGCUUCAAGAAGGCGUCCGAGCACAAGGACGAGCUGGAGAUCGUCUUCGUGUCGUCCGACCAGGACCAGAAGCACUGGCAGGACUUUGUGCAGGAGAUGCCGUGGCCGGCCUUACCUUUCAAAGACAGACACAAAAAGAUGAAGCUGUGGAACAAGUACAAGGUGACCAGCAUCCCGUCUCUGGUGUUUGUGGACGCAGCUACAGGAAAGAUAGUGUGUCGAAAUGGUCUUCUGGUGGUCCGAGACGACCCCAAAGGACGACAUGUCCGACUCACUGCGAGACUACACCAACCUCCCGGAGGCAGCUCCUCUGCUCACCAUCCUGGACAUGUCGGCUCGUGCCAAGUACGUACGCGACGUGGAGGAGAUCACUCCGGCCGUAGUGGAGCAAUUCGUCGGCGACUUUCUGACUGAAAAGCUCAAACCGGAGCCCAUCUGAGACUGAGGGUCCGAGCAGAAAUCGAACAUUAGUCAAUGGGACUGCAGCUCUGACCUGUUCAUACACCCCCGUCACCAGUUUCAGCCUCUCAAACACCUCCCCCCUCCCCGACUGUUAGAAAAAGUCUCACUUUUACAUAUUUUUUUAACAUUUUCCCUUUUCACCGAGUCCUUCUCCCUCCUGUGGUGCCUUGCAUUGACUAUAGUCCAUACAGUAAUAUAUAUGAAGAUUUUGUUCUUUUGUUUUUAUAUUUUUACACAAUAGCUUUUCUGAACUACGCAGAAAAUUACCCAGUGGACCUACUUGUUAAUGCUUUGCUUGCUGUUUUGACUGCAGAAUCUGUGACGUUUGGUUUCUGAAUGACGUUAGGAAAUAAUUAAACGCCUUUGUUGUCCACGUGUAGCGCAGACGGCCAAAACCUUCACCUGUAAAUCCCUAUUUAAAUAAAACCCGCAGGUGCACACCCAGUAAAUAGCACACCUUUUGCUUGAGUGAUGUUUUACCACCCAUGUCUUGUCACAAUGUGAGCGUGAGUUAUCUCUGAUUGUUAAUGACGGUUCUCAUCUCAGUCGUUUUUAGAGGAUUUUCUGUGAAGGUCCCCUAAUAAUUUAAAUUAAAAAGAAAAAAAAAAAAACUUUUUCUGGCA